AUGAGAAGAGUUGUAGUUGUUGCGCAGGAUCGAGCAGGACCUCGUGGACGACAUGAAGCGGAAGAACAAGAAGUGCAGGGAGAUGAUACUAUCAAAAUCGUGACUCGAGAAGAUCAUCUACAUCUUGAAGUUGAACAGGUACUAUAAUAAAGCAAAGUAUUUUUGAACACUCACUCCUCUCCAUGAUGUGGCUUUCGGUUUUUACCUUGCUGCUCAAAGUUCUUGUAAGACGAGUACUUAUAUAAAAAAUCUACUGGAUCUGCAUUUUUUUCGUUCUUGAAAGAUGAAUCUUGAACUUGUUAAACUUGAUCAAAGAAGCCACUACAGGUUCCAUAAAGCAUGCUCGCAGGGAAAAUCGAUUGAUGUAAUUCUUUUCCUUGGGUCAAACUUUACUCGACCUACAAGUUGUGUUUCGGUGGACAUGUUUUUGACUACGAUUAUCGACCAGAGCUGCAGUAGGUAGUAGAGAUACAUCUACCACCUACCUUUCUAUCUUUCGAAUACCGUUGUUGAGUAUCAAUAUUUAUAACCUAUAUCAUCUGUGGUCAACAAAAAAUAAGCAUUUAGUAUCUAACUUUAACUUCACUUCUACAGAUGUAAGAAGACUCCACUCUUUCCGCCAGUAUCGCCUUUGUCUUUGACCACUCUCACUGAUCAACAUUAAUUUCUCUGCUAUAGAUAUCGUUUCUUUUCAAUCCUCCAGGUCGUGAACGUCAAGGUAGUUCCAAGAAAGCAGGCCCCGACUUCUCUGACUUCUGGCGUAUUCGUCCUGUCGUCGUCGAGUUGA